AUGGCAGCGCUGAGACAGGAGCAUCGGUAUGGGCUCUCCUGUGGCCAAAUCAACAAAAACACCCCGAACCAAAGUCUGUACCACGUCAAGCUCACUGACACCGCCAUCCGGACCCUCGAAGCCUACCAGAACCUCAAGGCAUCACUAUCAAAUCAGCCAGCGAUUUGCUUCAAGGGGAGCCAGGGGUACGUUAAGAUCCCGGCGCCAACACCUGAAUCACCUGAUGGAUUCAGAGUCUUCUCGUUCUACCUCUCCAGUGACAGCAAAGAAAAGCCUCAGUCCAGCUUCGACUGCAUUCACCAGUACGUCUCAGGGGAGGGCAGGGACCACCUGGAGGGCCAGGGCAGCAUCCAGGACAAGAUCACAGUGUGUGCCACAGAUGACUCCUACCAGACGACCCGGGAGCGUAUGUCUCAGGUGGAGAAGGACAUCUGGAGCCGCUCAGCUAUUGAAAUAAAGCCGGGGCCAAGUAAGUGCGUGAAGGUCCAAAGGAAGCAGGGUCUGGUGUCAGGCUCAGAUAACAGCAACAAGCUCUCCCCCAGCAAUAAGAGGAGCCUGGUUCCCAGCCCUGUUGCACACCGGCCCUUGAGGGAUCGCAUCAUUCAUCUCCUGGCCUUAAAGCCCUACAGGAAACCCGAGCUGCUACUGUGGUUGGAGCGGGAGCGAGCCAGUCCAAAAGACAAGGCUGACCUGACCUCAGUGCUGGAUGAGGUUGGUAAACUGAACCCUAAAGACCACAGCUACUCUCUAAAGGAUGAGCUCUACAGACACAUCCAGAGAGAAUGGCCUGGAUAUCUAGAGGAGGAGAAGCAACUCAUCCAUAGGCUCCUGCUCAGGAAACUCCAGCCACUCCACAGUAGCCAGUUGAAGAGUCCCCAGUCCAACCAUUCAGUCCUCAAAACUCCCGGGAACUCUCCUUCACAUCUCAGUCCUGCCAAGAAUCUCUCUGUGAAACGGCCAUUGCCAUCAGACCCAUCCAACUGUCAGACCCCCAAAAAACAAAGACUAUUUGACCAGUGUUUGCCUCUGCAUUCGCCGUCUCAUGGAGAGUAUGGCACUAAUGGGGCUCGUGGCUCCUCCAGUCAUGGAAUCUCUCGAGUACAGAUCAAACUGGAGUUCAACAAAACCAGCAAUCAUCUCCAGGGGAGUCCAAACGGUCUGUACUCGCCUCACAAACUCAGCGGGUCAUCUGCUAUUCCCAUACUGGAGAGGCUAGAGCCAGCUCCUACUGCACCAAGCCCCAAGCCCCCACACACUGACGCGUCCAUUUGCACUGACCAACAAUUCACCAGCGGCCAACAUAAAAAGAAGAGGUCCAAAAAGCACAAAGACAAAGAACGAGAGCGCUUAAAACCCGACUGGAUUGAGACGAGUCCAGACCUGAAACAGAACAGAGAAGACCUGAAAGACCACGAAAGAGAGAAAACACCUGUCAAUCGAACCUCAGCAGAAGAACUGCCCGACUAUUUAAUAAAAUACAGUGCCAUAACAGCACUGGAGCAGCGCCAAGAGUAUAAAGACGACUUCUGCGCAGAGUAUGACGAGUACAGAGCUCUUCAUGAUCGGAUCGGGGCUAUCACAGAGAUGUUUGUUCAGUUGGGCUCAAAGAUCAACACACUCUCCCCGGGAACGCAAGAGUACAAGCUUAUGGAGGUGCAAAUACUACAAAAGUACCGAAAGUAUAAGAAAAAGUUUCCUGGUUAUCGGGAAGAGAAGAAGCGAUGCGAGUACCUCCAUCAGAAACUGUCGCAUAUCAAAGGCCUGAUCACAGAUUACGACCAAGCACAGGGACUCUCCUAGUAAUCGGUUUCUACCCUCAGCAGGGGGUAAUAUGGCCGGACAAAAAGACUCCUAAUGGACCCAAAGACUGCCCAGCUGGGUCCUGCUGUUGCUGAGACACUAUUCACUUUACUUCUCCGAGUGUAAAUGGAAUCAAGGGGCAAGGUUCUUUUUCAAGAGUGGGCUGAGACCAUCGACUCGUGAUCAAAGGUUGCCCUCUAACAUUAUGGUUUUUAGCCAUGAUUAUUGCUGGAUUCUGUUCUGCUGUAAAAGUGAAAGCCAAAUCCCUUUUUCUGAAAAGCAGAUGUGAUCCUUCCUGCCAAAUUGCAUUUUAUUCUAUCCGUUAUCUUGUGAGAACUAAGACAAAACGUGUUGAUUUAUAUUUUAAAAAACAGAGUAUUAAAAUGAUGGUACAAUCAAUCUUAGGGGGAAACCAAUGCUACUAAAGUCUUUAUGUUUAACAUACAGAGGAAUCUGUUUAUUUGAUGUUUGCUGACAGAAAGUCAACAUCACCAAUCACAUAAAUGAUUCAUCUGUAACAGUAAUAAGAUCACAUAAUGACAAUAAUAAGGUCACUCCAUUAACAAUGAAUCUCUCUUCAGACCACAUGCUUACAACAAUUGUGGGGCCAUUACAUAUCACAAACUGAAGUUCAAAGCAUUAUAUGCCAAGUACGUUUGGCUUUGACCAUAAGGAAUUUCACCAUGUGGCUUUCUGCCAACGUCCUGUAUCAUUUCUAAGGAACGUUGGAAUGCCACAAAACCACUCCUCCCAGUACCUGAAUGCUGGUUUCAAGAUGGCGCUUGCGAACAUUUAGUGUUAAAUUCACCCACAUGUAGCCUACCACAAACUGCCUUUUCAAUACCAACUCUCUCGAGUGUUCUGGUUCCAGGUUUGUAAGUAAUCAUGCGUUAUUGACGCUCUAGAUGAAUGACUACAAGCUCAAUGAAACAUAACCGUCUACACUACAUGCAGUUUCAAAGACUACAGGGCAUUUUAUCGUGUUAAUCAAGCUGUCAUUCACACAUUGAUUUACUAUCAUUUAGCUUUGUUCUAAGUAUUGAGAGAGAUUGCAAUAGAGAUGCCUUUCACAAAGUGGCCCAUUUAAUCUUUCGUCCCACGUGUGCAGCGUGCAGUGGACGGCGCUGUGUGGUCAGUUCAUAACACUCCGGUUCACUCCGGUGUGAGGAGCAGCUGGACCUCUAGAGGCCGCUAGCAGGUGUUUUAGAUUCAUUUUUAGACUUUCUGGAAUCAUUUGUACUGAGACAGGUAGAUCCAAAUAACCACAAACUGGACUUUAAUGUCCCCCUAUAUAUAGCUGUAGCCUGAAGUAGAACAAAGAGAUCAAAUUGUAGUGUUCUCUGUUCUCUGGCUGACGUUUUCAUCAAUGUAGCUGCGCUCACAACUGUUGUCUUAAUGAUGGCUUAAAAUGAGAGAAUGAAGCUAAUAUUUGCCUUAACAUGUUUAUCAGACAUUUCCAAGAUUUAUCAGACCUUUUUCUGUAAAUGUCUUUAAGUUUGAAGGAAUUUCAGUUCCUGGAUAGUUAUUGUUUUGUCUGUGUUGUUAUUGUUUUUUUCCAUGUCUAUGUCUUAAUCAUUUUCUAUUUCUGUCAGAUAAUCAUGAACCGUUAAGGAAUAUAAUUCAAUGUCCAAUCCUGCCAAGCACCACUAUCAAAAGAAAGAAUGAUUGCAGAAAUAGACAGGAUAAUGUGCUCUGAAAAGACUCAGUGGGCUUAUUGUCAAUAUUCAGCAGCUGUUUUACCAAAUUUAAAUGUACUUAUUUCUUUUUUUUUACAUUUUAUGGGUUAUUUCUGGUAUGUGUGAAGGAUUUGAGACAAGCAACAGUUGCUGCGUCUUGGCACAUAUGAACAAUUCAAGGAAAUACAUAUUUAUUAGCACUGACAAUUGGAAAUAUUAGAAUGUUUAGCUUAAAAUAUCAUCAAAAUGCUGGAUUCUUAAAGCUUCAGUACACCUACAAAAAUCAUUUAAUUUAUUUUAUUUUGGCUCUUUGAAUCUCUUCUCAGGACUAGAGGUCACAGUAUUUUACAAAUAUUUUGUCUAUGUGUUUGGAUGAGCUCAGCAAAUGUGCCACUUGAGAAAAGGUCUGAUCAGUGAUAAUGACUGAAAAGAACAGUGUUUGGUUCUAGGUACUGGAUCUGGAAAUCCAUGUGGCUUGGUUGAAAUUCUGUUAAAAAGAUAAGAGCAUGCCUGCACAGAUGUACAACAUUAUUUAUUUGUGUUCCACAAAAUGUCUAAUUUAAAACAGAAAGGUACUGAAACAAUGUUUUGAUGAUGUUGGGAUGGAAACAUCCACGUACCCCCAUGAGACCGUAAAAACUAUUUACUGAACUAAUUCAAGUGAAGGGCUUCCCAUGUACCACUUCAGUAGUAUUGGUCAUUUGUACAACACGUGUGUAAUCAAACAAAAUGCAUCGUGAGUAAAAUAUCAGCCUCGUCAGUAUGUCUGAAGAUAGGGGUACCGUUCGUGUUGACACAAUGUUUUUGUUGAACCAGACCCUUGGGGUCAGGGGCCCUCGUGUGCUAACUGUGAUGUCGUCUUUACUUUUGUACUGUUGCAGGAGCGAACUACUGAUGGUGCCUUUCCAUUCAAAGAGCAGACGUUCUGCAUGCCACUGUCAAUGGUAUUCUGGAAGCUAAUUUACUUGGGCCAGCAGUAUUUACACGUCUGUAGUUUCACACUGUUGCCAACGUUCAAAGUGCUUUGUUCAUAGUUCUCGAUUAAAUUUCUAUCAGAUGCCUUUAAAAUGUA